GGUCUUAACGAGCGUAGCUGGCUGCCCCGCCUGUAGUCAAUAAUAUAUCUUUUCGUUAUCGGCAGAACAUUUUCUGUUGAUUUUAUUGAUAUAUUGGAUUAAUCACUUCUUAAAAGUUACUCGUUGUUGAAACAACAUCAAAAUGUUUUACGCAAUAUACUUCAAACAUCCAAACGAUCGUAUACUGUUUCGUGGUAAAAAAUCUAUUAAAUCCAUUGGUAUUUACUUAUAAUUCUCAAUGAAAAUUGAUUCUAAAUAGUCUACCAAAUAAAAAAAAAAAAUCCAUUGACAGUGAAACGAUAUUUCAUAUACGGUUCUUACAAGAAUUACUGUUAUUUAAUAAGACUUAGGAAAACGUAUAUAUAGCAACGGCGCACACUGCGCGCAUUUCUGUUGCGCGCUUCCUUGCAGUGACAGUACUUCCGUGGACUGGACAGUCGAAGCGAAAAGGCAUAAGUUAUAUUUUAUUUAACAUCUCUGCGGCAUCCCGUUAGUCAAAGUAUUCACUUAAUGUGUACUUAAUGCGUCAUACCUUAACGUCAAAAUAAAGAGGUUAAUGAAGUUUAUGAGGUUAAGACAAUUGAAAAAUGUCGAAACCAAGAAGAAAGAAACCGUUUAGCGGUAAAGCGAAGAAACAGCAAUUGCAAACCAAGAAGCAACGACAAAGUUCGGCUUUCCUUAUAGGUGGAAGUCACAGCGGAUACAAGGAAGAUGACAUAAAUUACUCUAGUGAUCUUGAAUAUAAUGCUGUACAAAGAAUCAAUGAACAGCCAAAAAAUGAUAAUUCUCACAGAAACAGAUAUACUUUACAAUUCUUUCAAGACAGCAAAGAAGAAGUACUGAAACGAAAGAAACAAUCCAGAAGUGCUAUUGUACCUUUAUCUCUUAAAGAUCAAGAAGUUUCAAAUAAUUAUUUUCCACCUGAAAUUGAUAUGCCAAAAAGGCCACCAUGGAACUUUGAUAUGUCAAAAAAGCAGUUAGAAUUGGCAGAACACAAGUAUUUUACUGAGUAUCUAAAAAACAUGGAAAAGUUAAAUACCAUCAGUUACUUUGAAUUAAAUUUAGAAACAUGGAGGCAGUUAUGGAGAGUUCUUGAGAUGUCUGAUAUUUUAUUAAUCAUUGUUGAUAUUAGAUAUACCGUUUUAAUGUUUCCUCCGUAUUUAUACGAGUAUAUAACGAAUGAACUUAAAAAGGACAUGAUUCUAGUAUUGAAUAAGGUUGAUUUAGCACCUCCAGCUUUAGUAAUAGCAUGGAAAGAAUAUUUCCGUACCAUAUACCCAAACUUACAUAUUUUGAUGUUCACUUCGUAUCCCACUUAUAAUUUACGUGGAAAUAAAAGCGAUACAGAGGGAAUGAAACAAAGACGGAGAAAGGGAAAGCUUAAAAUGGCUGCAGAAGGAGCCCAGCAAUUGUUGGAUAUUUGUAAAGAAAUUGUUGGAGAUAAGGUGGAUUUAACUUCUUGGCAAGGAAAGAUUCAAGAAGAAAUGCAAAUGGAAUUUGAUUUAGAUGACGCCGAUCAUAAAAGCGAUAUUACUAUAGAAAAAGCAGAUACAAGUUAUAUCAAGCACGAACGUUAUAAAAAUGGAGUUUUAUCCAUAGGAUGUAUCGGAACUCCAAAUGUUGGAAAAUCAUCCUUAAUGAAUGCAUUAAUGGGCAAAAAAGUUGUUAGCGUGUCACGUACGCCAGGACAUACUAAACAUUUUCAAACUAUAUUUCUUACAAAAACCGUUUGCCUCUGUGACUGUCCAGGAUUAGUAUUUCCAUCUACAAUACCCAAGCAACUACAAAUAUUAAUGGGAUCUUUUCCAAUAGCUCAAGUCAGCGAACCGUAUACAACAAUUAAAUUUCUAGCUGAGAGAAUAGAUUUACCAAAGAUACUUAAAUUGCAACAUCAAGAUAACGAUGAUACAUGGAGCGCUAUGGAUAUUUGUGAUAGUUGGGCUUCUAAACGUAAUUUCUUCACUGCACGAGCUGCUAGAUACGAUUCUUACAGGGCAGCUAAUUCGUUAUUAAGGAUGGCCCUUGAAGGGAAAAUUUGUAUAUACGUAUAUCCCCCAGAUUGGGAUCUUAAUAAAGAAAAGUUUGAGAAUCAUUCAGAAAUUGAACUAGUUAAAUGGAUUCAAGCUAAAAAUAAAAGCGACGAUGUUAGUGAUAUGAGAGGAAUAUGCAUUUCGUCCGAAGAUGAAAAUGACGAACAGAAACUCUUAGAAAAUCGAGAACACGAAGAGAAAAUAUCACAAGAAACAUCCGAUAAUUCUGACGAUUCUAAUGAGACAACAAGCGAAGACUCGGAAAUACCGCACGUAGUUAACAAAUUUGGAGCACUGUCUACAGAUAUAUCAGAAAUAAAUCCUUGAUCAGUGUUUAA